AUGCACCCAUCUGUAUGUGUUGUUUCUUGGAUGGGUCUUACAAACUUGUUUGAAGCCGGGAUGAAUGCUUCCAUCUUGAUUCUUCCCAAGGAUGCAUUUGGAAAUAACUUGUCGUUUUCCGGGAAAGAGAUUGAGUUGCAUGGGUUUUCUUUGUCUCUUCUCUAUGAAAACGGCUCAUUCGCUAGCAUUCUUAAUGUCACACACAUGAGAUGGAUUGAGUCUGGUUACAUUUCCAUUGACUUUGUUCUUGUUACCGCUGGAAAAUUCGUAUUGCUCGUGGAGAGGGAGAGCCAAAAUCUGAAUGGUGCUCCACUACCUCUUGAGGUUAAUUCAGGGCCUUUGGAUGUUUCCAAUUGUGUGAGCAUAUGGAAGUCAGAGCUGAACGCAUGGCAGAUAUUUUCCAAAAUGGAAAUCUUGCUGCACCAGAAGGACCGAUUCGGAAACCUUGUUUCUGGAUUUUAUGAAUUUGAUGCUGAUGUGGUGGAGGAAAAGACGGGGUUGUCCAUACUGCACAAGAAGAGCAUCUCUGGUAUGCCAUAUGCGUACGCAGUGUAUAUAGGUUAUUGUGAUGCAUCAAGAAGUAUAGUGAAUGGUUCAGGGAUCAAUGUUUCUAUUGCUAGGGAGUCUCUUGGCUUCACUAUCUACUUGAAAGAUGCUUAUGGGACUGGAUCAAGUUACUCAACUACUAUCCCCUUUUAUGAGAAAUAUGGCGGAAAAGCUUCAGGCAACCUAGUGACUCAAGCGAGUAUCUUUGAUGUAACUUAUACGCCAAAGAGAAGUGGAGUUUAUAAAAUAUUUAUAUCAUCUGGAAAUAUAGUCCUCAAUGGAGGCCAACCAUUCAUCAAGGAAAUAAUGUUUCUCAUUUGGGAAAUGUUCACUCUCAUUGUUUGUGAUCAGCACCCUCUUGCUAAUUCUCUCAGCUACUACAAUCAUGUGCCUUCCCAGCCAUCUCGGUUAAAAUUGGAGAUCACCUCAGCUAACACCUCAAGUUUCACUACAUGGGAAUUUGUCGAUAAUAAUGAUGGGACAUAUACGGGUAGCUAUCUGGCAAUGGAGGUUGAUGGAUACUUUCCAAGAGCCUAUGAUGAUGCAGUUAAUGUGUGGGAAGAUGAGUCAAUCUCUUUCAAUCCACUGGAAAAUGACUACUUUGUUGGGGACAAUGCGAGCAUUUUAGGUUUCUCACAAGUGAGUCAUGGUUCUCUUCUCAGGGAUGGAAACCUCCUUAGAUACACGCCAUUCAAGGAUUUUUCGGGAAAUGAUUCCUUUCUGUAUACAAUGGUUGAUAUCAAUGAAAACUUAGCCACAGCUACAGUAUACACUUUUAUUCUUACUGCUCCUCCUCAGUUUAUCUCUUUUUCCGGCGGAUUGCAAACAACUGAAGAUCUAAUUAGUCCUAGAUCAGGGCAAGUAUUCUUCAUUUUGUUUUGCUUUGGGAGUGGCUUCUCUAGGCUGGAGAUAAGCUACUCAGACCUACUGGAAAACAUUUCAGUAAUGGUACAAGCACUUUCAGGAUCAGUCAUUCUGUCUCCGAUGCUGAUGCAGUUUAGACUACCUGCAAGUGGAAGACUCUCGCUAUCCACAAGGAACAAGAAUGGGAUAAAUCAUCUGGAUGAUCCAGUUUUUGUUGAACCCGUCAACGAUCCACCGUUUAUUAAUGUUCCUCAAUAUAUAAUGUUGGAGAGUAAUGGGGAUGAAUCACUCAUCUUUCACAGGGAAACAGACAAGUUCAACUUCUCAGUUGGAGAUCUAGUUCUUACUAAUUUUCCAGGAGGUGAAUCUCAUUUCUUAGUAACGUUUUCUGUGGAAGUCACUGAUGGGUUUCUGCUGACAAACUUACCGGCGGAGCUGAUAAACUCAACUGAGCCAAAGCUCAAAAACAUAUUCCAAUGGCAGCCAAUUCAAACUUACGUAGCUAAACACGUGAAUGUCAAAGCCAGUGGGAUCAGACUGUACCGAAAGAAUUUUACUGCCUUUGCAUGCGGAGGCUCGCGUAAACCUCAUCAGAAAGAGACCUUUAAGUUCCCUUACAGCUCAUGUUCUUGGAUCAGUGAUUGUGGUGGAGUCCCUUGUGGUAUUCUCUCUCGCUACUUUGUUUCUGUUCUUCACAUGCAGAUGCGCAUUUCUUCUUGUACACGAGAGAAAAGAACAAUAUGUUCACAAGAAUUCGCAGAAAUCAACGGUUGUCUCCCGAAGAGUAUCUGGAAUCGCCAUCUGCGCCCCAGACACAUGGGUGAAACUUCCGGCAAGCAGAUCGAUGAGCAGUCGCCAGAGAUUAACAUUGUUCCGUUGGAGAUAGAGAAGGCUACAACUUCAUGA